GCGCAGGCGAGCCGGGGAGAAGGAGCGGAGAAGUCCUCCACUUUUCCUUCAUUCAACAAGGUCAUGUGUGACAUUUCAACCUGACGCCAUUUUCAUCCCUGAAGGAACGCAAACAAACAUGGACAACGUGUCAGACUACAGCGUGGCGUCUCCGGCGCUGUGCGACGACUCGGUGGACUUCUACUCGCUCACCCCGGGCAACGGCAGCGGCCUGAACUGCACGUUUCCCGCCGACUUCUACUUCUACGCCGACCUGUACGUCCUCCUGCCCAUCAUCUACUCGGUCAUCUGCGCCGUGGGCCUGACGGGCAACACGGCCGUCAUCUACGUCAUCCUCAAAGCGCCCAAGAUGAAGACGGUCACCAACAUGUUCAUCCUCAACCUGGCCAUCGCCGACGACCUGUUCACGCUGGUGCUGCCCAUCAACAUCGCCGAGCACCUGCUGCACUACUGGCCCUUCGGCGAGGUGCUGUGCAAAGUCAUCCUGAGCAUCGACCACUACAACAUCUUCUCCAGCAUCUACUUCCUGACCGUGAUGAGCGUGGACCGCUACCUGGUGGUCCUGGCCACCGUCCGAUCCAAGCGCAUGCCGUACCGCACCUACCGCGCGGCCAAGAUCGUCUCCCUCUGCGUGUGGGUGCUGGUCAUCCUCAUCGUGAUGCCGUUCAGCGUCUUCGCCGGCGUCUACCUCAACCCCGGCGACGGCAGGAAGAGCUGCGUGCUCAGCUUCCCCGCCCCGGAGAGCUCCUGGUUCAAAGCCAGCCGCAUCUACACCCUCAUUCUGGGCUUCGCCAUCCCCGUGUCCACCAUCUGCAUCUUGUACACCGUGAUGCUCUACAAGCUGAGGCACAUGCGCCUCAACAGCAACGCCAAGGCGCUGGACAAAGCCAAGAAGAAGGUGACCAUCAUGGUCUUCAUCGUCUUGGCCGUCUGCUUGUUCUGCUGGACGCCGUUCCACCUCAGCACCAUCGUGGCGCUGACCACCGACCUGAGGACCACGCCGCUGCUCAUCGGGAUCUCCUACUUUAUCACCAGCCUGAGCUACGCCAACUCCUGCCUCAACCCUUUUCUCUACGCAUUCCUGGACGACAGCUUUCGGAAGGCCUUCAAGAAGAUGCUGGAAUGUCGGCCAGCCUGAGCAAACAAAGACGGAGUCUUCUCCAUUGGCGUAGAUCUGUUGCCGGUGAAACACGUGGAAGCGGUUUGGAAAAAAUCGUCAAAGACAUUUUCCACUCGUCGGCCGUGUUUCCAGAAUUGCUGGCGCACGCUGCCGUGUUUGGGACUAGAUAUCGCCGAUCCGGCUUGUUGUACAUAACGGUUCUUAAGGCUGAAACAUGUUCCUCGCGUCACGUAGCUUGAUGGCAUCUUGAUUCAUUUAUCGCACGGCUUGCAUUUCUCUUCCAAAACGAAGAGGGAAGUGUUUUCCGGAGUAAGCAACCACAACUCUUGUAGAUUAGCUAACUAUUCGCGUCCUGUCAGUAGAAGUUGUCGUAAACCAGGGGUGUCAAACUCAAAUACAGAGUGGGCCAAAAUGUAAAACUGAACAAAGCCGCGGGCCAAGGUUGAACAAAUUAACCUUUUAAUAGGGACCCAAACAAGUUUUGCAUUGAAUAUUGAACAAGCAAGGCUUAUAUAACUUUAUAGUGACAUGCAAAAUAGAGUUUCAAAUAAUAAUAAUAAUAAUUAAAAAUGACAGAGCUUCUCACCCUAUCUCUAAGGGAGAGCCCCGCCACCCGGCGGAGGAAACUCAUUUCGGCCGCUUGUACCCGUGAUCUUGUCCUUUCGGUCAAGACCCAAAGCUCAUGACCAUAGGUGAGGAUGGGAACGUAGAUCGACCGGUAAAUCGAGAGCUUUGCCUUCCGGCUCAGCUCCUUCUUCACCACAACGGAUCGAUACAGCGUCCGCAUUACUGAAGACGCCGCACCGAUCCGCCUGUCGAUCUCACGAUCCACUCUUCCCCCACUCGUGAACAAGACUCCGAGGUACUUGAACUCCUCCACUUGGGGCAAGAUCUCCUCCCCAACCCGGAGAUGGCACACCACCUUUUUCCGGGCGAGAACCAUGAACUCGGAC